AUGAAAACAAAUGUUCAGCGGUCUGAUUGGUUAUAUACGGAAAGUGGCAAUAAAUUGCCAUCAUCAAACAGAGCUGCCAGUGAAUUGUUGAAACCUUGGCUGGUUGGAUUCAUUAUUGGGGUGCUCUCCGCAGGUCUUGUUCUCGCCAUUAUCACAGUAGUUUUUAUCCAAGUUAAGUAUACAUUUUCUGUGUUGAAAGUGUUAUACCCCACAAAUUUUACUGUGCUGUUUUCAGAUUCCCAAAAUCGUAUAACAACUGCAACAACGACCACUUCGACUACUAGCACAACAACCACUUCGACCACUAGCACCACAACCACUUCGACUACUAGUACAACAACUACGACGACCACAACUACUACAACAACUACAACAACGACCACCACAACGACUACGUCAACUACGACGACAUCGACGACAUCGACGACUACAACGACGACUACUACAACGACUGCCACGACUACGACUGCUACGACUACGACAACAACAACAGCUGUAGUCCUUCCAGCCCAAUGUUCCAGUUACACAACUAAUACAGAUUCGACUCGAAAUAUUGGAUAUACGUCUUCAUCGGUGUGUGACUCGAGUACAUUUAGUUCGUUAGGUGUCUGGGUUCGUUUCUUGAGCCCAGCCGGUACCUCCAUACCAACUGUGACUCCAGGUAUAUCUCAUUGUGGUACUGAUGCAUCUGGCUGUUAUAAUGGUGCCUACCCAUCUACGGCUGGCAGUACAACUACUGGUACAGUCUGCUAUCACUGGUCCAUCAGUACAUGCGAUUGGUCGAAUUCGAUUCAAAUUACCAAUUGCGGUGCUUUCUACGUCUUUUUAUUGAUCAAUCCACCCGUGUGCAAUCUUCGAUACUGUACAACUUGA